GCCGUGUCUGACCUACCGCUUAGACUUCCUGCUGCUCUUCUGUCUGGCUGCACCUCACACAGAUCUGACUGUGAUCCUGUAAACUAUGGAGACAGGCGAGAGGAGAAGAGAGAAAAGGAGUGUGGGUGAGAUGCUGAAAAGAGAGCAGGAGGAGGAAAAUGAAGAAGUCCUGGUUGUGAGCCUCGGACAAGAGGCGGAGGUCUCCGACACUGAAGAUGAGGAGGAGCAAGGAUCCACUCCACUUAUCGCUGCCUGUCGUUCGGGCAUGACUGAGGCGGUACAGCGGCUGCUGAGGGCCGGAGCCGAUGUGACCCUGUGUAACAGCAGCCAGCAGACAGCGCUCCACAUAACCCCUCCUGAACUCCAGGGGGAUGUGUUGGGAUGGAUGUCGAGGCCUCAUCUGCCACCCCAGGCACAGCUGCUCCAGGCUGCCUGGCAGGGAGACCUGCACUCCUUACAGCCCCUGCUGGCUCAGACAGACAGAGUGGAUGUGAAUGUUCCUAACUGUGACGGCGUCACGGCCCUGAUGCUCACCGUCAGGGACAUUGACCUGUUUGAGGACAUAGCGACACCGUUGUCAUGGGAACACAGACCUGUGGAUGUGGUUAAGGAGCUGCUAGGUGUCUCGGGUGAUCUGCAGGUUCGAGACCACAAUGGCUGUUCUGCUCUCCAUUACGCUGCAAACAUCAACAGCCCUCUGAAGGAGGAGAUCAUUCAUAUGAUGGUUGAAGCCCUAAGUCACACAGAUGCUGCCUCCAUUUCACUCCUGGCACUUGACAACUACUCAUGCCAGGAUUUGGACUCAGAGUUUGGCGAUUCAGACGUAGAGUUGGACCUUGAGAGCCUUUAUCCUAACCGGUCGACUGCUGCCUCCCCUACGCAGACACCAACCCAUCAGCACGGCUUUCUGCUAUACAGCCACACGAGGGAAGUGCUGGAGUCUCCAGGGUACCCUCCUCUAUCUGACCAUCAUAAAGGCCUCAGCCAAGAUAAGGGAAUCCGCCUCUGUUUCCAAAACGCCAUGGAAACGCUGAGAGACAUCAGGCAAGCCUACCAGGACGCAGGGAGGGGAAGCAGCAGAGGAGGUUUGUCUCUGCCGAGCCUGGGCGACAACAGCAGACGCUGGAGCCAUCUGGAUCCUGCUCCGUCACCUGGUUUGCUGAGUACCAGGACCUCCUGUCUGCCAGUACCCCCUAAACACAGGCAGAGAACAGGAAGUGUCGUUGCUGCAUCCGCAUCCCCAUCCUCCUCCUCUGGUCUGCUGUCUGUGGCUGAGCCCAGCCAGCUCAGCCAGUCAGCCCCCAGCAUCAUGGAACCACUACUGUGUUCAAACACUAUGAUGCAGGCCAGAGCACACAUUCAGACCCGACUGGGUUCUCAAGAUACUGUAAACGAACAAAAGUUCUUGCAGGGCCCCCUGCCGGCUCUGCAUCCCAGAACACACAAGCUGUUGGCACCACUGGGCAGCCGGCCCAGGGACGUUGCGGUCCUGCCGGCGCUGAAGCACCACGUUCCCCUGAAGCCCAUCACCCGCAGCCCCCUUUGCUCCAGGACCCGGCUGAGGAGAGAGAGGCUGUCCUGUGGCAGCCCACGCACUGGCCCUCUGACCACUAAGGGGGGUAGUGAGGAGAGCGGGUCCAGCAGCAGCCAGAGUUCCAUCGACCUGGAGGAUGAGGAUGAUGAGAGGGAUGUACGCCGGAGAGCUUCAGGAGGUCUGGAGUUUGUUCGAGACAGGUUGUCGCCGUGUUCGAACGAUGUGAGCUCCGCUGAGACUGAUUUGGUUAGGGAGACACGGCGGCAUUUUAAAGUUCGGUCAAGGAUCGGCCACAUUCCACCGAUCCACAGAUCAGCACAUCACCUGGAUGGAGAGCCUAUCAAUCGUACAACUGAUCUUCUCAGCACCGAAAAAGCUAUAAACUCUCAUUGUGAAGGCAGAGCCACCGAUAUGAAUUACACAAAGGAGCCUGUCGACAGUCAGUCCUUUAUAAAAUGUAACUAUGCACAACAAGGAGACACCAUGAACAAUGAAAUACCUAUCACAUCAAAGUCUAAGGAGGAUGAGAACAAUGUGGGCUGCACCCCAGAGCCUGAGAUUAGCCAUGCGAUAACAUUUAAUAUGAAUAAUGACCAAGGUGAUGUUAUUACAUCUUCUGGAGAGACUUACAGAAAUGACCUGCAGCAUAUAAAACAGACAGAAAUGAAUGCUUCCUGUUGUGAAGGAAACCAGGUAGAUAACCCAGUCCCUCGUAGGGAGGAUGUAAAGUCAACUUCUAGCACUACUGAGGAGAAAAUUCUAUUAUUUGCGUCGGCUGUAAACCUUCCACAGUCAGACAUGGAUCCCAAGAGAGAUGGGAGGAUGUUGUCGAAAGCCUUAAAGCCUGUCCGGAACAAGGAGAGAAGAACCGGCAUGAGCUGUGACCUAAGAGUAAACAUUCAAACGAGCCAGCAGUCCUUCAACGUACUAGCGAACAAAGACCGAAGCAUCCUAAAUCGUAACAAGACCAAAAGAAAUCUGAGGCACUCCUCACUUUCCCCACAAGUUAAAGACAAAACGAGGAAAAGCCCUGAGCUAAUGAUUAGUGGCGAGACAGUCGCAAAAGUAAAGUCAAAACUUAAAUCUGUUAAAGGGGCUCAUUGCAACACCCCAUCACCACGAAAGAAGCUGAUCGAUCAAGGCAAAAGAGCAAAUCCUGACAACAGCAACAGAGCUCAACAGCAUCCACCAGCGAGGGAGCUGAAGAGCGUCAGGCAGUCGAAGAGACCCGGUCCGGCGGGCGCACCGAGGUCUAAAUCUGCCGUGGACUUCGUCACCUACAAAGACAUGUUUCAGCAGAUAAAGAGCGGGGACGAAGGACCGGCCAUCUACGAGAUGUUUGCCGGUCCCAUCUACGAUAACCUACGAGUUUCCAGCUCCUGUGAGAAAGCGAAGGACAGACAAGUGCAGUCUGCUCCGCCCAGGAAGACACAACAGUGCCAUAAAGUCAAACACAGACCACUGAAACAAGCACAGAGGAGAUGUCCGGGGGAGAUUGUGGCGGUUUCAGCAAAAAGCAAACCAAAACUGUCAUCCACUAGGGGGAAACCUCACCUCACACCUAGGAAAGGCACACACAAAAUGAAGGAUACGCCUACACUGGAUGGGCACACAGAGGCUGAGGUAGUUCUCUCUAAGGAUGUUGACAUUUGUCAUUGUAGUGAUCAAGAAACUCUGUUAUCUACCAUAGAGGAGGCUCUUUCUUAUGGGUCUGAAACAAUCAAAUCUGAUGACAAAACAUUGACUACGCUAGCAGCUUUAUCUUGUGUUGAAGAUUAUAGUCACCCGCUCAUGAAUAUGCAAGAAAUAGGAAACCCAAACCGAGCACUUCCUGAGCCUGUGCUGUCUCAAAGCCCCCAACAGCCGAAGAUCAACACCUGGACUUCUUCCAGCAGCACCAGCAGCCACACCGUCGUGUCACCAGUUUACCAGAAGUUCCUGGAUGAGGUGGGGGACGGGCCGCUCACAGAUGACCUGCUGCAAUGUCUGGCAGAGGAGCUGUUCUCAUUGGACGAGAGGGAUGUGUCCAUAGGCCCUGAAAACCUGGAGUCCAAUAGAGGAGACGAUCCCGUAUCAGGAGGGAAUACACUACCUGAGGAUAAUUCAACACACAGUGCUGCUCUGCUUGGUUCUGGGUUGGUUGUAGAUGACGCCAUCACCUGGACAAAGGGUGAAGUACUCGGCAGGGGAGCCUAUGGGACAGUGUACUGCGGCCUGACCAGCCAGGGCCAGCUGAUAGCUGUGAAGCAGGUGAGCCUGGACGCCUCUGACCCCGACGCUGCAAAGAGGGAGUACGGUCGUCUGCAGGGGGAAGUGGAGCUGCUUAAAACCCUCAGACAUGCCAACAUUGUGGGCUUCCUGGGUACCUCGCUUCAUCAGCAUGUAGUUUCCAUCUUCAUGGAAUACAUCCCGGGAGGAUCCAUCGCCAGCAUCCUUCACAGGUUUGGUCCUCUGCCGGAGCGUGUCCUGGCUCUAUACACCCAUCAGAUCCUGGAAGGGGUGGCCUUCCUUCAUGUGAAUAGGGUGAUUCAUCGCGACUUGAAGGGAAACAACGUCAUGCUGAUGCCCACUGGCGUCAUCAAGCUCAUAGACUUUGGCUGUGCGCGCCGUCUCAGCUGCCUGAACCACACUGCCAGCAACAGUGGAGAUCUGCUCAAGUCCGUCCACGGCACACCUUACUGGAUGGCACCAGAGGUUAUCAAUGAGACAGGAUAUGGCAGGAAGUCAGACAUAUGGAGUGUGGGUUGCACAGUGUUUGAGAUGGCCACAGGGAAACCACCGCUGGCACACAUGGACAAGAUGGCUGCCUUGUUCUACAUCGGAGCUAAAAGAGGGUUGAUGCCCUCCUUGCCGGAUGGGUUUUCGGAUAACGCCAAGGAUUUUGUAAAAAUCAGCUUGACAAGUGACCAGAGACUACGGCCAUCUGCAGACCAGCUGCUGAAGCAUUCAUUCAUCCCCCUAAGUGAGACUGGAGCGACCUCUCGGGAAACACAGAAAAAGGGAUGCUGUGGUCACCCAGAGGGACUGUGUGGUUAACGAGUUACACUAAGACGUCAAUGUUUUUGAGUUCAAGGAGAUGUUUUAAUGAUUUCAUUCAGAUUGACGACUCAAAACAUAGAAAAGUGCUCUUUUGUGACCCUUUGAGGGCCUGGCUGCCACACAUCCCCAGUGACGCACUAUUAGUAGUAUGUUUGGGAGCAUGGGGCGCUGGACUUGUGUCCCAGACCUUCCUGGAAACUACAAAGUAUAUCAAGGAGCAGAAAUUAGUUUUUGUAUAUUAAACUGAAGUUUAAGAAACUACAUGAGCACUUUUAUACAUUUAACUUUAACAGAACCUAUACGAUGUGAACAGAUAGAUGCCAGCUUUUUGUUACCGACUUUGGGUAUUUCCUACAGCAAUCUUAUAAAUGUGCCAAUCUUAUAAAUACCUUAAUUGUAAUAGGUCUCUUUGCUGUGUGAUUGUCUGUAGGUUCUGAUCAAAUGUGUCUAAUCCAUAUACAGGAAUGAGUCCUAAAACCCGGAAAUGAGUUAGGAUUUUAGCAAUUCCGGUUCCGUCGUCUGGAACUCAAUGGGUUUUUAGUUGGAUGUCUGAAAUAAGGUCUGUGGUUAACACAAGCUGAAGAGAUUUUAAUGUUUUGUUCUACGACAUAAAAUACAUUAGUAAAUAUCCCACUUUUGAAUUUUGAAGCCUUUAUGUGUCUUAAAAAAGGCGGUUGCUAACAAGUGGCUAAAUGAGACUACUAAACAUCCCGGCGACUCGUCCUCUUUUACAGCCUGUAGUUUUUUUUACUUCUGGCGAUUGCAUUCACACUUCAAAAAACAUAUAAAUGGUGUUAAUUUGUGAAGAUUAUCUUGCUGAACAAAACGUGUAAGUAUCAUUAACGUUUGUUUGCCACAGAGCUUAUUUUCUGCAAUAAUCCAAAACCCAAUGGAACAAUCAUAUUGGCUUUUUGUCUAGGGAACCCGGGGCGAUGCCAACUUCCUGGUUCGCCUCCA